AUGGAUCACGUGCUGAACAUUGCUGACAAUUACAUCUGCACUCCGUAUGUUUACCUGGCCUCUUGGCCCGAGGACUGGACUCCGCGUCAGAUAAUCAGCCUGUGGGUGCUGACCAACCUGGGAGCAUUGCUGAUUUACCUGGGCUUCUGUGCUCUUAGCUUCUACUACGUGUUUGACCAUAAGCUCAUGAAACAUCCACAGUUUAUUGAGUAUGGAGCAGUAUCUCCUAACCAGGUAAGAAAAGAGAUUCAACUAGGAAUAGCCUCCAUCUUCUGGAUGACCUUCCCCACUGUCACCCUUUUCUUCAUGGAGAUCAAGGGACACAGCCAACUUUAUGACAACAUCAGCGAAUCUUCUCUGGGCUGGCCUGGGGUGUACCUGAGCAUUGCUGGUUUCUUGUUCUUUACGGACAUGUGUAUCUACUGGAUACACCGUUCCAUGCACCAUAGGAGCAUUUACAAGCACUUCCAUAAGCAGCACCAUAUAUUCAAGAUCCCUUCGCCUUUUGCCAGCCAUGCCUUCCACCCACUCGACGGCUUCCUGCAGAGCUUACCCUAUCACGUCUACCCAUUCAUCUUCCCCCUCCACAAGGUGGUCUACCUCUCACUAUUUGUCUUUGUCAACAUCUGGACCAUUUCCAUACAUGAUGGGGACUACCGCAUCCCGGGCCCCCUGAUAUGUCUGAUCAAUGGUGCUGCUCACCACGUAGACCAUCAUCUCUUCUUCAACUACAACUACUAA